AUGCGACCUCUCAGAAGUCCAGGAAACUCCAGACACACUGUGGGAGGGGAGACAGAGGACCCCAAAUGUGCCUCAGUUGGGUCCACGGGCAUCAGGCUGACUCCCCCCGUGGCCACGGAAAGUUCGGCCCCAGUGCAGCCGGCCCGGCCCCCCAGCGGGUCUCCUGGCUCGGCCCUGCCCCCACCGGCACCUGUCCUCAGCGGACCCCUCCCCCACACUCUGGAAGCUUCCAGGAAACCUGUUCUCCUCGGCCCCGAUCCCCCUGACAGGCUGUACGUCUGGUCAUGA